AUGAACACAUUUCACGUUAAUGAGCCCAUGGUGCAACCACCAAGAGAAAAGCGGUUAAAAGUGUCAAGAGCUUGUUAUACCUGUAGAGUGAAGAAAAUAAAGUGUGAUGGUCUACAGCCGUGUAUGCAGUGCAAAGCCAGGAAAAGGCCUUGCUCUUUCUCAAAAGAUGGCUCUCUCUUUGACAACAGCCAACAACAACAACAACAACAACAGACAUCCGAUGCUGCAUCUCAAACUGUUCAAUAUACCACCCAUAGCAGUGACAUGCAAACAUCAUCUUCAGGACAACAAAGGGGACAGAAAAGAUUGAGAGCUGAAGUCUCUAUGACUCAGAACCUGAAGACGGAAAUGAUUCUCAAAGAUCAAGAACAGUUUAGGAUGAUUUUUGAAGGGUUGGAUAGACUAAGUACCUUCUGGCCAGGCGAAGGCAAAGAAGGUCGUUGGUUUGUGGACGUGAAUGCUUUGUUUCUUGACCUACACACACCUGAUCAACCACUGCAGCAACAGCCAUCCUACACUAGUACUGUUGCUGCUGCUGCAUCGCUCGAUAUCCAUUCUCAUCUUUUAAAUCUGUUCUUUCGCCAUCACUAUGUUAUCUUUCCUAUGCUUCCCAAGACGAUUUUUUACCGUUCGUUGAAAAAUCGAGAAAACAACCAUUUGAUCAGUCAAUUACUUUUAUACAGCAUUUACUGCAACGCAGCCCAUUACUCGAAUGAAGAUAAGAACGAAGCUAACAACUACUUUGAUAAAGCGCAGCAGUUGCUAUUUCACGAAUACUUUAUUCAAUCGCAUCCACCGACGCUCACUUGCAUUAUUGCUUUAUGCUUACUUUCUGUUUUUGAAUCAGGUCGUUAUCAUGCCAGCACACAUUACAAAGGAUCGGUCUAUUUGGACAUGGCCUGUCGCAUGUGCUGCGAUCUUCAAUUGAACAAAAGAAUUGUCAGCAGCCACCAGUCUUUGAAUAUGACACCGGAUGAUAUUGAGUUACGGAAGCGCGUGUAUUGGGCGUGUUAUUGCCUGGAUAAAGUGCAAAGUUUGAUGUUCAAAAAGCCGAUGCUACUGUUGUCUCGAGACGUCGACAUUGACUAUCCAGGGAUUCUAGGGACAGAUGAAGCGGGCGAUUAUGAAGUCAAUGCUAGCUUUUUUGAACAUAUCAAAUUAAUGCAGCUGUGUGAGCAAGUACUUCAACUGAGGUCCGUCCACCAGGGUGGACAGCCACCGAUGACGGAAGAGGACGAGCAGGCGGUUUUACAUUUGGAUCAUCAGCUUUCUGCUUGGCUCAGGAAUUUACCUCAGAUGCUGCAGUGGACACCGACGGAAACGAGCCUAGAGUCCAUACCCACCCAUCCUCCACCGAACGGCUCUGUGGCGCAUCUUCAUUUAAUUUAUAAUUGCGUCGAAUUAUCGCUACUGCAACCGAUCGCGUACCUGUCCAUGUCAUCCUCCUCUUCUGCCAACGUCAAUCGAAAGCGUUGUGAAACGGCCGCGACUAAUCUAACGCAACUGACGUGUGCCAUGUCGGAACAACCCAAUUUUAUAUUCUCUUUUCAGCUGGUUGCAAAAGCCAUCAUGCUCGCUAUCCGUGUGCACAUGGUGGAUUGUGCGAAUGACAAACUGCACGUGGCUCGUCAUGCGCGAUUUAUGUUUCAACGUUCUUUCCGAUCGCUCAAGACGAUCCUUCCGUACCGAGCGAUCGAUGGCAUACAAGAGUUUAGCGCUCUGAUCGAACGAACGUUAGCGGAUGCGGACCAUCGUCAAAGUCGAUACGACAAUGUUAGAACACAUGUCUUGUCGCCCAUUAUACCCAAACCCUCGCCCCACACUUUUUCUCCACAGCAUCAUCCGAUGGUGCCCUUUGGUCUCGCUUCACCUGCGCUAAGCACAAGCUCUUCCACACCUGCUGUCACGUCUACUUUGGCCAUGCAUCCUCCGUCCAUUUUCUCCUCCAGCACCCCUUCGAAUAUCACAACGGCCACGUCAUCUCCUUACAUUGAUUAUCCUCUCCAUCAGCAUAGAACCCACACGAUCCAUCCACAGCAACAACAGCAACAACAGCAGCAACAACAACAGCAACAGCAGCAUCAGCAGCAACCAACGGCAAAAGACAGCCAUCUCGAGGCCACGAGCUUGGCUACGUCGACAAUGGAUAUCUAUUCUACUGUUUGGUCCAAGACGCCUUUAGGCAAUGAUUUUGAACAACAGUUGCAAGUGAAUUCCUCGGCCAAUGCUUCGUUUAUGCGUCAAUCAACGGAAACACAGCAACAACAACUACAGCAGCAGCAGCAGCAACAACAACAACAACAACAUGAACAAGAACAAUCAAACAAUGCUAGUGCGAGUCAAAAUGAUGCAGCAGCCAAUGAUUUUUAUACCAUUUGGCAACAACAAGAACAACAACAACAACAGCAACAGCAACAGCAAGGACAGUCUGUCCAAAACCAAAAUCGGUCCUCCAACAAAGAAACCAAUACCUCCACGACUUCUGGUACGACAACAGAGGACAAUCCGAUCCAACCCUUUUUAUUCACUUUACAGCAACAGCGUCGAUACGGUUUAGGUGUUUAUGCCUCUGCUCAACAACAUCAUACAGAUGUUAUUAGUCAACAUAUGCCUGGCGUCAAAGCAGCGGCCACGAAUCGAGCCGUUUUACUGAACCAUUUUGGACAAGUGAUUGUCGCUGGAUCGGACAAUGCUUCAUCGUCGUCUACGAGCAACAAAGGCACCAAAUCAUAA